AAGCAGUUUCGGAUCUAAUGGUAGGCGGAGAAGAGCGGACGCCUAGGACCCCACUGCGUAGGAGCGAAGAGUGUGCGAAAGAAUAAGAGAAAUGGAGAGCCUGCCGCCUUCGCCAACUGUAGUUGUGUAGGUGUGAACAUGAUAAUGAGAUGAGGAGCAAUUGUGAUCAGUAGCGAUCGGACAGUAGUACAUUAGAGAGGUGAAAAAAAAGCUGUCAUAGAACAAUUUGCAACAGUUGUUUUUUUUUCGUGCAAAAAAGUGAUGUCUUCGAGGAUCACAUAUUCGAUAUUAAUUAGUGUAUUUGCUGUGAUGUUAAAUGGUGAAGAUUUUUGUUUGCACGUGCCCAAAUUGUUGCCAGCGUCGGCUUGGUUUGUGGCGGCGUAUGGUCUACUGACUGCUUGUUAGUAUGUAUGUACGAGCGUGGUGUUUUAAAUGUGCCUAAGGUGUUGAGUGUGUUUGAAAGUGAAAGUGAAAGAAGGUGCCGCGAAGAAGCACUUUUGUCUUCCAAAGUAAAUAUUUUCCUGUGGUUUAUGAAAGUAAAGUGUUCUGCGUUUGUGCGCAUCGUUUACACGGAUGUCAUAGAUAAGGUGUAUCUAAAAGAACCAGUAGGACGACGAACUAGAGUAAUUCUAUCAAUCAACCGUACAUCUGAAUCGUAAUAUUUGACAACAAAGGCUAAACUGUCAGAGGAGCAAAAAGGCAGACACACACCACUCACAACAACGAGGUGUAAAUUGCAGAGAAUUUUAGAACAUUCAGUAUACGCGUACCUGGCUGAAGCGGAUCGAGCUGGACUCCCAAAAAAAACUGCGGCUUCACGGUUGCUGCAAAGGAAGAUAAUACGAAAGAUUGCAACUACGCACUGAGUGAACAAGUGCAUCGGUGUCGUGUGCUAAAUGUCCGAAGAAAGCAUCAAAAACCGUCACCCUCAUAGAUUGUAGCAGGCUGUGGUCCAGUUGUUGGUUGUUUGGUGCCGGGUUGUCAACAGCAGCCGCCCUUUUGAAGCUAAUUACUAAACAAAACAAAAGGAUGUGUGACGCAUCGGGCCGAAAAAAGUAGCGUGUGCGGCUGUUCUUAGUGUGAUCAACUUACUGAAGUUACGCUUUUGGUGGAAGAAAAUUUGAAAACAAGUGCCCAGCCAAGUAGAAGAAAAUCAAGAAAAGGAAGAAAAAGCGUUAAGUGAAGUGGCGGUUGGUGAUUACUGUUUUCCGCGUAAGGAGCAUCCCCUCUCGGGUUUUUGGGAAGGUGGAAAAUUAUCGUGAUUGUGUGUGUUUUUCGUGUACGUGGGUGAGUGUUUGUUUUUUUUUGCUAGUGUCAUAAGCGCACAAGGAAGUGCAAUAGGGCAAAUCGGUGUUGGCGAAAAAAAGCGCCCUAACCUUGCUCACCAAAGUGAGCGACAGAAAGAGAGAGUGAGAGAGAAAGAAAGAGAAGAAGUGUUUUGCAGUGCAUCAGCGUGCGUGCUCCUUUCUAUGUGUGUGUGUGCGUGUUUAGUUGUAUGUGUACGUAAGUGUGUGCAUUGGUCACACUAGGUAGUGUGUUGUCCUAGCACUCGGCCGUGUAUGUGUGUUCAGGUUUGUCUGUGUGCAUCGGUGCGUGUGCUGCAGCGGGCGGUAAGAGAUCGCAACGCAAACAUACGUCAGUGGAACAGCUGAAACCGUGGAAACGGAAGAACCGGUAUAGAGAAAGAAAAAGAUCAAGUGGCAAGGAGACAAAACAGAGACACAGCACUGCAGACGCAGCCGGAAGCAGUCGAGAGGAAACCGGAAACAGAACGCACACGGAACAACAGCUAGGCUUAAGCAAUGGCUGAGAUAUGAGUGCCCAGGGGGGCUCCCUAGGGGCUCCAACAUUGGGUGAUCGCCGAUCUCCUUACAUUGGAGGCUAUCCCGACAUUCAGCAGCAGCAUCAGCAACAGCAUCAACAACAGCAACAUCAUUAUCAACAGUUGCAGAAUCCCCAUCACGCAGAUUAUCAUCGGGGUACACUGCAUCCGGAAGCUGCCUCCGGAUAUCUCGACGUGAAGCAGCAACAACAGGCACAGAAAGGAUACGCUAAACAGGCGCAGCUACAGGCCGCCUCAACUCAGCAACAGCAGCAGCGCUCGGUAGCUGGAACGACUGGACGAGCUGCUGCCAGUGCGCAUCAACAGCAAGGUUUCAACAGUCAAAGUAUGGUGGCAGCGGCCGGUGGGCAGCAGGGCAACAUGGACGUCGGCUACAAUCCACAGAUGAACAACAUGGCGAUGCAUUCACAGUCGUCGUGGAAUCAGAUGAACGGCAUGAACCAAAUGGGCGGUAUGGGUGGCCAAAUGAACGGCAUGAAUCAGAUGGGUGGUGGGAAUGGUGGUGCCGGCGGUAUGGGACCAAUGAGUCAAAUGGGGUCCGGAGCAGGUGUCGGCAUGGGUGGCGGCGCAACCGGUGGCAUGCCAGGAAUGAAUCAGAUGGGUGGUGGCGGCGGUGGUGGUGGUGGAGGUGGCGGUGUCACUGGUGCUGGUGGUGGUAAUGGCGGUGGCGGUGGUGGUGGAUACGGCAGGCACCACCAGCAGAUGAACCCGAUGGCACAGAUGAUGAACAUGGGCAUGGGGAUGGGAGGUGCCGGUGGUGGCCAGAUGGGACCAGGCGGUGCCGGCGGUAUGAACGGUAUGGCGGCAGCACAGAUGGGCGGCAUGAAUCCACUCAGUCAGAUGAACCAGAUGUCACCGAUGUCGAAGAUGCAGGGUAUGGCGAAUGGAUAUCCGCAGCAUCCGCGGCGGAUGGCACCAUACCCAAAUCCACAGAUGCAGAUGGCCCAGAAGCGGUCGAUGUACGGUAUGGGUCAGGGACAGGGCAUGCCGGGUGCGGGUGGACCAUUCCCACCGCAUCAGGCGGCGGCAGCAGCAGCCGCAGCAGCGGCCGCAGGUGUUCCCUUACCGAUGCAGGCCAACGCCGGUUACGGCAGGCAUCAUGGGCCGAUGGGUCCGAUGAACUACCGCGGCGGACCUCCGAUGAUGCAGCAGCGCCAGAACACACCACCCUACGGUGGACCCGGUGUGGGUGUUGGCGGCCCAGUUGGAGCGCCCGGUGGACCUGGUCCGCUAAUGGGUCACCAACAGCAUCAACAGCAGCAGCAGCAGCAACAUCACCCACAACACCAGCAGCACCAGCAACAACAGGCACAGCAACAGCAGCAGCAGUAUUACAACACGGGCUACCAGAACAUGCAGGGCUACCAGCCGGACAUUCGCAUGAACUUCCAGCACAGUCCGGUACCGGGUAAUCCUACACCACCACUAACGCCCGCAUCUUCCAUGACGCCCUACAUCAGCCCCAAUCCGGACGUGAAGCCAAACAACCUACCGCAGAAAGAUGAAGAGCUGCGGUUGACAUUCCCGGUGCGAGAUGGCAUCCUGUUGCCACCGUUCCGGCUAGAGCAUAACCUCGCGGUCAGCAACCAUGUGUUCCAGCUGAAGUCGACCGUCUACAACACGCUCAUGUGCCGGCCGGAUCUCGAACUGCAGCUCAAGUGUUUCCACCAUGAGGACCGACAGAUGAACACGAACUGGCCGGCAAGCGUGCAGGUGUCGGCUAACUCGACCCCGCUCGAGAUCGACCGGGGCGACAACAAGAACACGCAUCGGCCGCUCUACCUGAAGCAGGUCUGUCAACCUGGCCGCAACACGAUCCAAAUCACCGUCAGCACCUGUUGCUGCUCGCAUCUGUUCGUACUACAACUGGUACAUCGACCAUCGGUAAAUCAUGUGCUGCAUACGCUGUUGAAGCGUAACCUACUCUCCGCUGAACAGGCGGUGGCCAAAAUCAAGCGCAACUUUGCCGUGAGUCACACAACGAACCCGAAUCAACCGCUAGGCGGUGGCCCAGACAAGGAUCCACUCGCGACCGAAGCAUCCGCAACGUCCGCAAAGGUAUCAUUAAAGUGUACAGUAACCUCUAAGCGAAUAACGUUGCCAGCGCGAGGCCACGACUGUAAGCACAUUCAGUGUUUCGACCUGGAAGCGUAUCUCGCUCUAAACUGUGAACGAGGCAACUGGCGUUGUCCAGUGUGCAAUAAACCGGCACUAACCGAAGGGCUCGAGAUUGAUCAGUACAUGUGGGCGAUACUGAACACUCUCAACUCCUCCAACACUCCGAACGGUAUGGACACGGAGGAGGUGAUUAUUGAUGCGCAAGCGAACUGGCGAGCGAUCAAACCACCGGGCAGUCUCAAUAAUCCAAACAUCGGAGGUAGUCUUAACCCUCAACAAUCAUCACAGCAGCAACAGCAGCAACAGCAGCAGCAACAACAGCAACAGCAACAUCCACAGCAUCAACAACCAUCGAUGCAGCAUCAACAGCAGCAACAACAACCCCCAGUACCAUCGGAACCAAGUGGUGGUAACGGACGUGGCGCUGGUACACCGGGUCUCCCUGUUAUUAAACCAGACCCAGAUGGUGGUGAUGCGAAACACUUCAACAAGGUGAUGUCACCUGGAUCCACCUCGCUCCCAACCUGGGACAAUAUGAACGCAAUGAGCCCUUACAUGAGCCCGGAUAUGAGCUCGAUCGCUAGUGGUAGCAUGAUGGGAUCAAAUUACAAUCGAACACCACAAUACGAUUCCUACGGAAAUCCCAUCAUUAAGCAGGAACCGGGAACUAACCCCGUUUCGACCGGUGGUCCAGGAAGUGUGGGCAAUAAUGGUCCGGGAACUCCCGGUGGUGGUGAAUUCCAUGGUGGUAACCCACUGGCACAUUUGAGCGAUUCGGUAAACUCGCUCGAUCCACUAAACGCGAUGGAGAAAUCUUUAAACGAUCAGAUGCCGCACACACCGCACACACCCCACACACCGGGCGGUGGUAAUUCAUCCGGACAUCCGAUGACACCGGGUGGACCGCCAAGCGUACCACCAGCGAACGACAUCAACUCCUCCAACCCGCAGCAACAGUCCACCGGCAGUAAUGGCGGCAACACGAACGGUUCCGGACAACCGAACGUCAACAGUAAUGGUGUGAACGGUGGCAGUAGCAAUGCGGGCGGCAACAUGAGCCACAGUCCUGGCCACGCCGGUCACAACAACAUGCAGCUUCAUUCACCUCAACAGCAGCAGCAGCACGCUAAUCUUGGCCUCGGCCCCAACAACCCUGCGGCGAACAUCAUGAACUCACCGCAAAGUCUCAUGAAUUCGCCCCAGAACAUGAUGAACUCGCCGCAGAGUAUGAUGCAGCAGCAGCAGCAGCAGCAAAAUCUCCUCUCAAUGGGCUCCAUGAUGGGGCAGCAGCAAAGCCACCAGAAUGCGCUGGCCGGUCUUACCGAUGUCGAUCUGCCGGCAGAUCUCAACUUCGAUCCGGCCGCAGUCAUUGAGGGUGAAGGUGGCAAUGAUCUUAACCUACUACCGGACAACGGGAUCGGCGAUCCGAUGGAAUUGCUUGCCUAUCUGGACCCGCCGGAUCUGAACACACCACCGUCGAGCGGUUCCAGCAACAAUGCCAACAGCGACGACAUUCUGGCAGCACUGUUCGAUUAAGUUCCCUCUUCGCAAACCGAAAUGCAGGACCAUCACCACCAACAACGUACGGAGGAGAGUUGGGAAUUGUGGAAUUGGACAGGCGAGGAUCGGCAUAUGGGCGUAAGGAGAAAGAGAUAGGAAGCAUAGAAUUAAAGUAGUCGAUACAGUGUAGUGUGCGGGUGGGCAUUUCCCGUUUCCUAUUUCUAUCCCUACCCCAUUACCAACACCCCCACCACCACCACCACCAUCUCCUCUCAUCGUCUCUCUCCGAAGGGGGAUGUGCGUUGUUCGUAGAUAUUUUUAUUUUAUGCCCCUUCGGUUUUAACCCGGUAGCUCGAUGUACCAACCAUGUUUUUUUUCAGUUCUGUUAAGUGGCCAGGGUUUUAGUUUAAGUGUACAGCUUUUCAGGAAAAUAGCAAAUGGAUUGCAAAACGGGUCUCACACGAAGACACAGCAUCUAUCGUAUCAGGUACUCGCAUUGUCACGACGCGGCCACCUUUACUAGCGACGAGAUCGGAUAAGGGUGCGUACGCUUAGUGUCCUUCUUAGUGUAGCAAACGGAAGUGAGGGAACACUAAUCAUACAUUAAAGAAGAAGAAGAAGAAAAGGGACGAGAGAGAGUGAGAGAGGAGAAAGAGAAAAGCAAGCAAGCAAACAAAACAAAUAUUAUCCUUGUAAGGGUUUCGUCGAGCACGUUGUUCGUUAUUCUGGUUAGGUUUCUUCCGUUUUGUUUUUAGUUAUGCUUUACUUUAUUCACAUCCUGGAAAGGAAAACAAUCAUCCUGUUAGUAAUACACACAAACUGCUCUACUGUGAGAGCACCACAACCACAACCCAUACGCAAUGCACGAUCUUCGGUUCCUUUGGUACUGGUUAAGGUUCCAGCAGAAGGGAAGAAGUUCAAUUGUACAGUUAAAUUAAUAAAACCGCAUUGUAUAUGUGUGGUUGCGCGUGUUUGUGUGUAGAAAAAAACUAUUUGUUUCCUGAAGCCAAGGAGCAAGUUGUCCCUUCCCUUAACAGGACACAGUAAAGGGAAAUCGUAUCCUGUGCUGUUUUUUUUUUGUUUUUUGGCACUAGUGUCGGAAUUUAACUUUCGUUUUAUAUAAGAAGAAUUAUUUAUUUACCACCAAAAGACCCACCCAUCAUCCCCCUGUUUCGUUGCGCUUUUGCUCCCUCUCUCGGUUCCCUGUUUUAAGCGCGUUUAUUUAUUAUUAUUUUAUUAAUAACCGUAAAUUAUCUCCCGCGCUUCUUGUGUAUUAUAUUCUGUUUUCUAUUUUGUACUGUAACUAGAGCAAAAACUCCAUUAGAACGUAACUAUAUAAAUAUAUAUAUAUAUAUAUAUAUAUAAAUAUAUGUAUGUAUGUAUGCUACCAGCGUCACGUGCGUGCGUGCUCUGUUUUUUUAAAGGAGAAGGAAGAAGGAGUUUUUUCUUCUUUUUCGUUUCCCGUGGUGUGCUGAAUGUGGAAAGACAGGGGCAGGUGUGAAUGCAGGUUGAUUGAGGCAAGUAAAACUCCGGCACAUCCUAGACAGAAAAACAAGAGGAAGAAAAAACACGCAUAUAAGAACAAUGUAAAAUGUUUAUUUAGGGAAAGGAAUGGCGAAUGGGAAGACGUUUGUUUAUUGCUAAGCUUUAGAACGUAGAGCCGUUCAACGGAGAGCGGAUAAAAAAUGGGAAAGUGAUUGGAAGAAGAAGAAAAAAACAAAGGUAAAGCAAGUGGGUUGAACAAUGGUAUAACAGAAACAAGAAAGGGAAAAGUAAAACUAAAAAUUUAAAGAAAGGUUAAGGAAAAUGAAGCAAAAACAUGCAUACACACAACACACGAAAUGAAACAUGUUACAUUUAAUGAUACUAAAUUUUAAAUACAAGAAGAUUGAGGACGAAGAAACAAAAACAAACCCAAGAAAAUUAAUCAAAAGUGUACAAAACAUGAAAGUAACCUACUAUUACUAACGAAGAUUCAAGCGUAAGAGAAAACAAUACAGAAAACACUCCUACAUCCACUUACACAUACACAGACAGACAUUCAUUAUUGUUCAAACACUCAUACACAGAUACACUCUCAUUAGAAAAGAAAAACAAAAAAAGAAACUCACCAAUAAAUGCAUUAAAAGAAGCAACUAACUAUUAGCGAAAAAAAAAAUCAUGAGAAGAGAAGAGAAGAGAAAAAAAGAAUAAUAAAAUGGCAACCCAAUGGAAAUAAAACAACCCCGCCUACAGACCCUUUUCCCUUUCCCACCCCAUCUAGAAUUUAAUAACGAUAAACAGCUUAGUAAAUUAUAAAAUCCCUACACAUUAAAGCAAAACCAACUCUAUUGAGCCGUAAAAAAAAGUGAAACAAAUGGGAAACACACAUGUCGGAAAUCAUCAUCAUCAUCAUCAUGAACGAUGGGGUUGGGGGUAUAAUGUAGGAAGGGUUGAUCUCUUCCUGCUUUGACCCCAUUUUCCCGCCCGCUAGCCAACUCUCUUUCUCAUUCUCUUGCAUUGUGUCAUUGUACUUUGAUUGAUUACCACUUCCAAGAAGAAAAGGGCUAAUUGAGGUAAAAGAUUACUGAAAGAGAAAAUAACUAACAAUAUAUGCAAACACGCACUCAUACACCGAAACACAUUUACACAUAUUCAGAAGAAAAGAACAAACAAACAAACAAACACACA